GGGUGCGCGCUGGGCAGCCCGGAGGACCCCGGCGUCCUCCGGCUCCCGCCCUGCUCCCGCCUCCCGCCGCUCCGGCCCCAUGAGGACCCCCGGGCCGGGGCCGAGAGCCCGGCACAGCCCGGCCUCGCAGCGUUAGACAGGCAAGGUGUGGAGCCGCCCCUCUGCAGCCUGCCUCCCUCGGCUCAGGAUGCGGCUGGGCCGCCGGGCCCUCUGCGCGCUGGUCCUGCUGCUCGCCUGCGCCUCGCUGGGGCUCCUGUACGCGAGCACUCGAGACGCGCCGGGCCUCCGGACCCCUUCUGCGCUGUGGACACCCCCGCAGGUCGCCCCCAGACCGGAGCUGCCAGACCUUGCCCCUGAGCCCCGUUACGCGCACAUCCCGGUCAAGAUCAAAGAGCAAGUGGUGGGGCUGCUGGCUCAGAACAACUGCAGUUGUGAAUCCAGUGGGGGGAGCUUCUCCCUUCCUUUCCAGAGACAGGUCCAUGCCAUUGAUCUCACCAAGGCCUUUGACCCUGAAGAGCUGAAGGCUGCCUCUGCUGCCAGGGAACAGGAGUUCCAGGCCUUCCUUUCGAGGAGCCAGUCCCCCGCUGACCAGCUGCUUAUAGCCCCUGCCAACUCUCCCCUACAGUACCCCCUGCAGGGUGUGGAGGUUCAGCCUCUGAGGAGCAUCUUGGUGCCAGGACUGAGCCUGCAGGCAGUGUCUGCUCAGGAGGUAUACCAGGUGAACCUGACUGCCUCACUCGGCAUCUGGGAUGUGGCAGGGGAAGUCUUUGGAGUCACUCUCACCGGAGAAGGACAGCCAGAUCUCACCCUUGCCAGCCCAGAGUUGGACCAACUCAACCGGCAGCUGCAACUGGUCACUUACAGCAGCCGAAGUUACCAGGCCAACACAGCAGACACAGUCCGGUUUGCCACGGAGGGACACCAGGCUACCUUCACCAUCCGCAUAAGACAUCCUCCCAACCCCAGGCUGUACCCGCUGGGGCGUCAGCCUCACGGAGCCCAGUACAACAUCAGCGCUCUAGUCACCAUUGCCACCAAGACGUUUCUCCGUUAUGAUCGGCUACGGGCGCUCAUCGCCAGCAUCCGACGCUUCUACCCUACCGUCACGGUGGUCAUCGCUGAUGACAGCGACAAGCCAGAGCGCAUCAGCGACCCGCACGUGGAGCACUAUUUCAUGCCCUUCGGCAAGGGCUGGUUUGCAGGACGAAAUCUGGCAGUGUCCCAAGUCACCACCAAGUACGUGCUGUGGGUGGACGACGACUUCGUCUUCACCGCGCGCACGCGGCUGGAGAGGCUUGUGGACGUGCUGGAGCGGACGCCGCUGGACCUGGUUGGGGGCGCGGUGCGCGAGAUCACGGGCUUUGCCACCACCUACCGGCAGCUGCUGAGCGUGGACCCCGGGGCUCCAGGCCUUGGGAACUGCCUCCGGCAAAGGCGCGGCUUCCACCACGAGCUCGUAGGCUUCCCAGGCUGCGUGGUCACAGAUGGUGUGGUUAACUUCUUCCUGGCGCGCACCGACAAGGUGCGAGAGGUUGGCUUCGACCCGCGCCUCAGCCGAGUGGCACAUCUAGAGUUCUUCCUGGAUGGACUUGGUUCCCUUCAGGUUGGCUCCUGUUCAGAUGUCGUUGUGGAUCAUGCAUCAAAGCUGAAACUGCCUUGGGUGUCAAGGGAUGCUGAAACAAAAACUUACAACCGGUACCGUUACCCAGGAUCACUGGAUGAAAGUCAUGUGGCCAAACACCGCCUGCUCUUCUUCAAACACCGGCUGCAGUGCAUGACUGCGGAAUGAUGGCCACUGCGGCAGCGGCCUUCCCUUUGUCAGGCUGGGCCUGCCUCCCUGUCCCCACCAGGAUUUUCCAGCAACCCCCCUCCACCCAGGGAGCACUCCACUGACUGUCCCUGACCUCUGCUUCCCUCACAAUUCCCCUUGAGAAUCUGAUCCCAAACAGGGGUUUGUCCUGGUGACACUCCUCUUUUCUGAGUGCCCAGUGGCCUGAAGGAGCCAUAACCUCCCACAGCCAGUGCCAAGUCCACCCCCACCCCGUUCUUAUGGGGCAGGAAAUGGCGGGGGGGGGGGGUCACUUUCCAAGUGCCAAAGAGCCCAAGAGGACUCUAAGACCCUGGAGUGGAAACACUCUCCUCUCAUCUUGGGCUGAGCGGGUGAGGAAGCUCCCCAGUGUGCAAUCCCAGGGCUGUCCCGCCCCACCCUAAGCUCUGGAUCCUGGACUGCACAGGCUGCAGCCCACCCUUCUGAGAGACUGUGGCUCUGGAGCAGAGGUGGGGCUGGUGAACACAUGGUAAAAGCCA